GAAAAAUAUAAAAAAGAAAUUGAUAAUUAUAUGUGUCAAUUAUUAUCUUCAAAUUUUGAAGAAAUUGAUGAUUUUGUUGCUGAUGAGAUUCUCCACAAGAACAUCAUUACAGAGCUUGUUAUGGCAGAAAAUAUGACUAUGCAAGAAAAGAAAGAAGCUUUGAGAAUCAAAAUUUUGGAGAUUAAAGAAGCAAUACAACUAAGCAGAGAAGAAGCAAAAUCUCAUGUUGAAGGACAAGCUAAGGCUCAAUGGGCUAUCACUUUAUGUACUAGAAGAGCUGAGGAAAUUGAUGGUUGCAUAAAUGAUGAACUCGCGCGAAAGCCUGAUCUAAAGAGAGAGUUAGAUGCUACAAAAGACGAGCUGAAUGAACUUCACACGGAAGUAGAGGUCACGAAGAGUAAACUCAGCUCGAUUCUUGAACUACAACACGAGGUAUCUACCAAGAUGCAGCUGUCUUCUGUGGCAAGAUCGCGUGCUGAGGUUCAAUUGGAAAAAGUAUUGAAGCAGAGAAUGGAUACAGUUAAGGAGAUUGAGGAGUUUAGAGGGCAAAGAGAUGUUCUACGAAGAAGGAUAACGUUUUGUAGAGAAAAAGACGCGAUAGGUAAUGCUUCAAUGCUGAUUGAACCGAGGCUCAAGUACAAGGAGUUCAGUGCUGCAGAAAUUAGAACAGCCACGGAUGGAUUUUCGAAUCUUAUGAGGUUGAAAUCUGGUGGUGAUUGGACUGAUGUGUAUAAAGCUAAGCUUCAUCACACAUCAGUUGCAAUCAAACUGUAUAGUUCUGCUGAUGUUGAUUCUGAAGACACCUUUCUAGCUAAGGUGAAGUUCUUGAGCCAUAUGAGGCAUCCUCAUAUGCUAUCGAUGAUCGGAUAUUGCUCUGAGCUAAGGUGCAUUGUUUUCGAGUAUAUGAACAAUGGUUGCUUAAGAGACAUUCUCUUCUCAGGCACCAGAGGCUCUAAAAGGAGAAAUUAUGGCCUAAACUGGCAAGCUAGGAUAUGUAUUGUAGCCAAUGUUUGUACAGGCUUGUGCUUCCUCCACCGGGCCAAGCCAAGGCCCGUGGCUCAUGGCAACCUCAACCCUUCAAAAAUCCUUCUUGAUUGUAACAAUAUAGCGAAAAUCUAUGAUGUUAGGAUGCCUCUGUCAUGUGACAAAUCGGAUUUAAGAUCAGAUAUCCGGGCUUAUGGGAACUUAGUCUUACAGAUUCUGACCGGAAGAAACUGGGCCGGGCUGGUUGAGGAGGCGAUUAUGAUGGACCAGAGUAAGCUUAUUGAAGUGCUUGAUCCAAUGGCCGGAGAGUGGCCAUUGGAUAUAGCACUGGAGCUUGGUAGAAUUGGAAUAAAGUGUUUGUCUAUUCAUGAAGACAAGGAGUUGAACAUGACUAAUUUGGCAAGAGAGAUGGAGAAAGUGAAGAAGUUAGCCGAUGAAAUAGUAGCAAAUGGUGAAUGUGUUGUGGCAAAUGGAAGAAAUCUAGAUGAUCAUGAAGACUCAACAGAGUUUCCUAAUUUCUUCCUUUGCCCCAUUUUACAGGAAGUGAUGAAGAAUCCACAUGUUGCAGCUGAUGGAUUUUCAUAUGAGCUAGAAGCUAUAGAGGAAUGGCUAAAGAAUGGAAGAGAUACAUCACCAAUGACAAAUUUAAGACUCAAGGGCAAUCUUCUCACUCCGAAUCAUAGUUUACGUGCUCUGAUCCAAGACUCACAAAAGAGAUGAUCAACUUCUACCAGAUAGAUAGAUCGAUAGAUAGACAGAUAGAGAGAGUUGAUAUGAAAGUUCGUAGGAUUUUGUACAUGCAGGAGAAGACUAAUAAAGGUAGCAACAGCAACAAGAGAACUCAAAGUCUCUUAGAUUUUAGAGUAAACAUGGUCUCAGAAUCAUCUUUGACAAGUUGUUUACUGCUGAAUGUAUCAAGAAUACCAAUCAUAUAGUUUUAUAACUUAACUGAGAUA